AUGGCAAGACUAUUGUUACUUUUCCUUCCAGGUCUUGUGGUCAUAGGCACCGUGCAUGGAAUAUUUAUGGACAGACUCGCUUCCAAGAAGCUCUGUGCAGAUGAUGAGUGUGUCUAUACUAUUUCUCUGGCCAGAGCUCAGGAAGAUUAUAAUGCCCCAGACUGUAGAUUCAUUAAUGUUAAAAAAGGGCAACAGAUCUAUGUUUACUCAAAGCUGGUAAAAGAAAAGGAAGCUGGAGAAUUUUGGGCUGGCAGUGUAUAUGGCGAUGGCCAGGAGGACGAGAUGGGAACGGUGGGUUAUUUCCCCAAAAACCUGGUUGUGGAGCAGCAUGUGUAUCAGGAAGCCACCAAGGAAGUCCCAACCACGGAUAUUGACUUUUUCUGCGAGUAAGAAACAAGACAAAUCUGCAGAUAGAAAGAAAAUACCGAGAUCAAGAACAAAGCAGAAAUGCGCCCCCUGGGCCCGCAAUAUGUGUCCGUUAUUUCUGACUUUUGUCUCCAGGGUUUAUUACCUUAUAAGAGGGCUGGGUUUGGGGCGGGAGGUGACAGAGAAGGAAGAAAGGGCUUCAACUCAGUCUCCUUUUCUGCUGGCCUGGUCGUCAGUGAUCAUAUGGCUCAAAAGGGUGAUAGAAAGUGGAGAAUUAUUUUUCAGCCUUCUCUUAUAGGGGGAUUCAUAUGGGAGAUGGUUUAUUUGUAGUUAUUUCUAAAUAGUAAUUUCUCCCAGCUCUUUGGCUUUCUGUAUAAACUUGGUAGAUAAUACAGUUCUUCCCUUUGGAUAUGAUGUUUUCUACUUAUUUGUCCCUCUGGAAAACUGGAGUGUCGUCAUGUACCUGAAGGGACUGUAUCAUCAAAGAGAAUUCUAGAAUUGUUGUUACUUUUAAUAUUUGAUGACUUUGGGAUAUGAAGCUGUUGGUGGGGCAAUACUAUCUGGAAACACAGAUGUUUGAACUAUGCUUUUAAAUGUCUUUUUUUUAAGUCUCAGAAAUUAUUUCAACUAAAUAAUUUUACCCUUUAAAUGAUCAAUUUACCUCUCUCCAAAUUUUAAAUAAGUAUGUGUAUAUAUAGUGGAGAUGGGACAGUUUAUUAAAUAUUUUAAAUGAAAUAGUUUCCACUAACAUGUGCUAUCACUUCAAGUGAAAAGACAAAAAAGUCGGUGGGUUAUUUUCUCUACUUCCAUUUCAACUUUGAAUUUUUUCUUCCUGUGCAAAUUCCCCCAGUCAAGGAUGAUGUGUCAAGAAAAUCUGGUGAGGGAUGUAGAUCUGGUGGUUCCAAUGGACCCUAGGUUUUUCUAUAUUUAA